GGGAAAAUAUAGGAAAUGGUUAGUAGAAUAACAUUUGGAACAGCAAAAUGACUCUAUUCUGGGUUUUGGGAGUAGCACUCUUCGCAGGAGUUGCCUCGGCAGGGAACUAUGCUUUGGAAACCUAUCCAUCAACGGUUCAAGUAGAGUCUUUGGAUAUCACCGACUUGGAUACCUGGUCGCAAAGUUGCGCUGCCAGCGUUCUCACAACCAGAUAUGUCCUCUCUGCUGCCAGUUGCUUCUCUGGACCUCUCUACCAACGUGAAUUCCGUCGUAUUCGCGCUGGCUCAAGCACCCGUAACACUGGUGGUAUCAUCGCUUACGUCGAAAUUGAAAUCAACAACCCCAAUUGGGCCAGCGGCACUCUUAACGACGUCUCCGUCGUGAGACUGGCUACCCCUCUAGUGUACAGCGCAUGGAUCAGACAAGCCACGAUUGCUGGUGUCGGUUCAGUAAUCCCUGAAGGAGUUGGCAUUGUUCAAGCAGGAUGGGGCACUGGCGAGACAUCCGACGAACUCAGCAUCUAUUCUAUGGUCACCGUGAAUGUUGCCCAAUGCGGCAGACGUAGAUUAACGAAGCGAAUGGCAACUUUCGCUGAAGGUGAAGAUAAAGAAGAUAUCGAGAACGAGAACGAAAAUGAAAACGAAAAUGAAAAUGAAAACGAAAAUGAAAAUGAAAACGAAAAUGAAAACGAAAAUGAAAACGAAAACGAAAACGAAAACGAAAAUGAAAACGAAAAUGAAAACGAAAACGAAAAUGAAAACGAAAACGAAAACGAAAACGAAAAUGAAAACGAAAACGAAGAUGACAACGACAAUGAUGAAAAUGACGUCGAAAGUGAGUCUAAUGAAAAUGAAAGUGACGAAGAAGAUGAAAGUGACGAAGAAGAUGAAAGUGACGAAGAAGGUGAAAGUGACGAAGAAGAUGAAGGUGACAAUGAAGAAGAUGAAGAUGACAAUGAAGAAGAUGAAGACUAUGAAACAGAUGUCAAUAAUACCUUACUUUGCGGUGCCUACAGCGAGUAUGUUAAAGACUCUAACGCUGACGUCGGUGGCCCUUGGUUCUUCGGUAACAUAACUCUUGGUAUUAUCGCUGGAGUGAACAAUGCCAACAAUUCCUGGUCAGGAAUCUUGAGUACAUCUGUUGCAUCUUACACCGACUGGAUCAUCAGUGUUGCCGUUUAAGCUUAAGCGAUCGAAUGAUUUAUAAUAUGUAAUUUUUUUAUGUAUUAAAUAAAACAAAAUAUAUUUUA